AUCAUCAAGUUAUAAAACCAGCUUCUUGAUAACAGUUUGUACUAUAGCAUCGCUCAAUUUUACCCAUACUAUUAAAAAGAUAACCUUAUAAUAUUGAAUUUACUUUUUUGUUUAUAAAUAUUUAUAAUGAGCGAAGAUACAGAUGCAAGUAAAAUUGACGAAUUUUCGGCAAAGAAUAGUUUGGAGGAUUCUGAUAAACAAAAGAAUGCUACGAACGAUCUAGCCAUUCCUGAACAGAAAACAAUUGAAAACGAAAAGAAAUCCGAACCGUUGGGUAACUGCUAUUGCGGGAAAGAUAGAAAUUUAAAUAUCGUAGAAUUACUAUGUGCGAAUUGUACGAAAUGGUAUCACGAAUCUUGCAUAGGUUACCAAUUGGGAAAAUUAGUACCUUUUAUGUCCAAUUAUAUAUUUCUGUGUAAAAAUUGUUCUCCUACCGGAUUGGAGAGUUUCAAAAAGAGCCAAGCGCAAAGUCAACAAAUGUGCGUAACAGCAAUAGCUAAUUUACAGCAAACUAGUUUUAAGGAAGGUACAAAUAAGACUCUAUUCAAUAAAGACAAAGAAAUCAUACCUUAUAUAGAAAAUCAUUGGGAAGCACUUACAACUACAUCUAGAAGAGUAACCCAAAGUUGGCAUGUAACGGUAACUAAAGCUUUAAUCAAAGAUAUUCAUAUUCUUUUUGUUUUUGAAGAUAGUUUAAGUGGUCAUAUGUACGGGCUAAUGAAUUCCGAUCUAACUCAACUCAGACCUAAUUAUGAAGCUAUGAUUAAAGGGGGAAUGUUGAAAGUUACCGAUAUGGGAAUACAGCAUGUUCCAGUAUCUGGAGGUGUAAAAUCAAGAAACACUAAGAGGAAGUUUCCUGGUGAUUUUGGAGCUCAAGGAAAGAAAGGACGUGGUUUGGAUAUAGGUACCCAGAAAUUACCAGCCCAUGGUUAUCCACCAGAUCACCCCUUUAAUAAGGAUGGUUAUAGAUAUUUAUUAGCAGAACCUGAUCCUCAUGCACCUUUUCGAAGGGAAUUUGAUGAAAGUUCUGAUUGGGCUGGAAAACCGAUUCCCGGGUGGUUGUAUCGAACCUCGGUUCCUGGUACUGUUCUUUUAGCUUUACAUGACCGAGCUCCACAAUUAAAAAUUUCUGAGGAUCGAUUAUCGGUUACAGGAGAAAAAGGAUACGCCACCGUUAGAGCGACGCAUUUCGUUUCUAAAGAUGUAUGGUAUUGGGAGGCAACUAUCGAAGAAAUGCCCGAAGGAUCUGCCACUCGUAUAGGUUGGGGACAAGAUUAUGCGAAUUUGCAAGCUCCUUUGGGUUAUGACAAGUUUGGUUAUUCUUGGAGGUCGAUAAAAGGAACGCGGUUUCAUGAAUCUACAGGAAAACAUUAUAAUUCUGGUUAUGGCGAAGGAGACACAGUCGGCUUCAUGAUAAAUCUUCCCACGAAUAGUGCAACUAAAUUAAUUCCAAAUACUUACAAGGAUAGACAUUUGGUGAAAUUCAAAAGUCAUUUAUAUUACGAAGACAAAGAUAACGUGCAAGAGAGAUUGAAAUCAUUAACUGCGUUGCCGAAUAGUGAAAUGAUAUUUUUUAAAAACGGAGAAUGUCAAGGAGUCGCUUAUCAAGAUAUAUAUCAAGGAUCCUAUUAUCCUACCAUUUCUUUAUAUAAAAACGUUACCGUGUCCGUUAAUUUCGGACCCAAUUUUAGAUUCCCGCCAUCUGUAGAUAAAUUCAAAUAUAGACCAAUGUCUGAACGUGGCGAAGAAGCUGUUAGUGAUCAAACUUUGGCGGACAUUAUGUAUCUAAUUGAAAAUGAAGGAAAAUUAAGGCUGGACAGUUUCGUUCUUUGAUUGUAGGUAGAUAAAACAUUCGUUAUUAAAUUAAUUAUGUUAGUUACGCCAUUUUUUCUACGACUACUCACUUUUUAUUAAAUUGAUUAAAAUAUAAUAAUAAAAAUCAGCUUUUUUUAUGCACAUAUUUAUAAAAUUGGAAAUUAUCUUUCAUCGUAUAUUUUCUUUGUAAUACAAUAAAAUAAAAAUUAUUUUAUCAA